UUUCUUCCGCUAUCAGUACGUAUGUAGUAUCCAAAUUUCAUAUAUGUUUCUAUGCCUUGCUUUACAAUAUGUAUCUACAUAUGUAUUCGGAUUUCAUAUAUGUAUAUAUAUACAUAUUAAUUUAUUUUCAAAAAACAAUUUAAUUGCUUUUUCGAAUUAUAAAGAAGUUAUAAAAUAAAUCUUACUGUCUUCGCGGUUGUCGAAGAAUCGCUGGUGACGGUCUCCUCUCGGUGGUGGUGUUGGCAGUCUCAUCGCCGCUCCAAGAUGACGAUCCGGCAAAGGAAUACGGCCACAGGUGCGGCGGUGAAGCUGGUUUUCCGACGGCGUCGCUGCUUCCCUUCUCCUUCAGGCAGCACUGGCGACGGACGAUGGAGGCGAGAAGGCAGUGGCGAGGCUGGGCUUCCAUGCUGCGAUCUGUUGGUGAGGACAACGGCGAACGUCGCUUCGAUCGCCGGCGAUGGCGGCUGCAACGGCGGACACCGGCGAUGGCGACUGCGAUGACGGGUUCUUUGACCGGUGAUGAUGGAUCUUUCGAUUGGCAACGGCGGCUGGCUUGGCGGCGGUGGGGCUGGCGUUGUGACCAGAAGGAACAUCGGGCGGCGACGGCGUUGGCGUUGCGACGGAGCCGCUUGUGGUAAACGGUGGCGCCGACGGCUAAGGGACGCUGGUCCGUUAGCAUUGGUGGUGGCGCAAACGGCGGACUCUGGCCGGCGACCUCUCUCCGCGUCUCUCUCUGUUUUACGGAGGGGUCCAGACGACCCCGGGAGAUUAGACGAUUCUUCUAGUGGCAACGUUCCGAACAUCGCGCUCCAGGAGGGUGUUGACAUCAUCCGGCGGCAUGCUCACAAUAGUAGUACCCCAUUGACUAGUUUGUCCCAAGUUAGCGAGCAUGUCCGUGCAUUGAUUAGCUUCUCGAAACACAUGGGUGAUUUCACAAGCUUGGAAUUGCCCCAUGAUGUUCUUACAAUCCUCAAUGAGAGUCUCCAUUUUAGGCCUGGAGUUAGAGGCUUUGUGCAAGGCCUGAACCAUCGAUAAGGAGUCUGUUUCUGCGAUAAGGAGUCUGUUUCGCAAUGAGGAGGCCUUCGCGAAGACCCCACAAUUCUGCGACAAAGCUGUUCGUGAGCCCAAUUUCGGACUUGUAACCCACAAUCCAAUUCCCCUCGUGAUCACGCAGCACCCCACCUGCACUAGCCAUGCCCGAGUUUGCCUUAUUCGCGUCAUCAGAAUAAUUAUUAUUUCAUUAUUACUACUAUGUAAUAAUUAUUAGAAUUAUUAUAGUAAUAACGAUUAUCGGUUUUUGAACCGAUGA